UCACGUCAGCCGGUUUGACAUGUCGAUCGUUUGUAUCUUUCUGUAAGAGUCUAAUUUAACUGAAUAUCUCCAUAAAUUCGCGUGAAAAUGCUGACGAAAUUCGAGACAAAGUCGGCGAGGGUUAAAGGCAUAUCAUUUCAUGCCAAACGACCAUGGGUUUUGGCUAGUUUGCACAAUGGGGUGAUUCAGCUGUGGGACUAUCGUAUGUGUACAUUGCUGGAGAAAUUUGAUGAACACGAUGGCCCUGUACGUGGCAUUUGUUUCCACAUCCAACAGCCCCUAUUUGUGUCCGGAGGAGAUGACUACAAAAUCAAGGUGUGGAACUACAAGCAAAGACGCUGCCUUUUCACACUGCUCGGACAUUUGGACUACAUCCGCACCACAUGCUUCCACCAUGAGUACCCGUGGAUCCUGAGUGCCUCAGAUGACCAGACAAUCAGAAUAUGGAACUGGCAAUCCCGUCAAUGCAUCAGCGUCCUUACCGGGCACAACCACUACGUGAUGUGCGCGCAGUUCCACCCGACGGACGACCUGAUCGUGUCCGCGUCUCUGGACCAGUCCGUCCGUGUGUGGGACUUCAGCGGGCUGCGGAAGAAGAAUGUGGCUCCGGGGCCCGCUGGGUUGGCUGAGCAUCUUAGGAACCCGCAGGCCACUGAUCUGUUUGGACAGGCUGACGCAGUAGUAAAGCAUGUGUUAGAAGGGCACGACCGCGGCGUCAAUUGGGCGGCGUUCCAUCCCACUCUGCCGCUCAUAGUGUCCGCCGCUGACGACCGCCUAGUGAAACUGUGGCGUAUGAACGAUGCCAAGGCGUGGGAAGUGGACACGUGCCGCGGGCACUACAACAACGUGUCGUGCGUGUUGUUCCACGCGCGGCACGAGCUGAUCCUGUCCAACAGCGAGGACAAGUUCAUACGCGUCUGGGACAUGACCAAGAGGACCUGUCUGCACUCGUUCAGGCGCGAACACGAACGUUACUGGGUAUUAGCCUCGCAUCCAACUUUAAACCUGUUCGCCGCGGGCCACGACGCCGGCAUGAUUCUGUUCAAACUGCAGCGAGAGAGACCCGCGUACGCCGUGCAUAACAAUCUGCUUUUCUACAUCAAGGACAGGCAAAUUCGCAAGUUGGAUAUGCAGACCAACCGCGAUUCCCCCGUCAUGCAAAUUAAGGGAAGCGGCAGGAAUCAACCCUACAGCAUGUCGCUAAACCACGCGGAGUGGUGCGUGCUCGUGAACUGGCGGGUCGGCGAGAGCAGCUCGUACGAGCUGUACGCCGGGCGCGAGGGCGGCGACACGGCCGAGCCGCUGCGGGCGCCCGCCGCGCACGCCGUCUGGGUCGCCAGGAACCGCUUCGCCGCCCUGGACAAGAACCACCAGCUCGUCAUUAAGAACCUGAAGAACGAGGUGUCCAAAAAGAUCUCCACGCCAACUUGCGAAGAAAUCAUGUACGCUGGCACGGGCAUGCUUCUACUUCGCGAACCAGACUGCGUUCAGUUGUUGGACGUUCAGCAGAAACGGACCAUCGCUACGGUGAAAGUCUCCAAAUGCCGCUAUGCCGUCUGGAAUGCCGACAUGUCCCUCGUGGCCUUACUGGGCAAGCACACGGUCACCAUCUGCACCAGGAAGCUGGAACAGCUCUGUUCCGUGACUGAAGGGGCUAGAGUCAAGUCCGGAGCCUUCGAUGACAGCACUCCACAGCCGGUCUUCAUAUACACCACUGCCAACCAUAUCAAGUACUGCUGCAGAGACGGUGACUAUGGCAUAAUUCGCACCCUGGACGUGCCAGUGUACGCCGUGAAGGUGCUAGCUUCAGAGUCCGGGGCUAGAGUGGUGUGCCUCGACCGCGAGGCCAGACCCAAGGUGCUCAACAUCGACCCUACCGAGUACAGGUUCAAGUUGGCGCUGGUGACGCGCCAGUACGACCAGGUGUUGCACAUGGUGCGCACCGCCAAGCUUGUGGGGCAGAGCAUCAUCGCAUACCUACAGGAGAAAGGUUACCCCGAAGUGGCACUCCACUUCGUGAAGGACGCCCGGACUCGCUUGUCCCUGGCUCUGCAGUGCGGAAACAUCGAAGUAGCCCUAGAAGCAGCCAAGAGUUUGGAUGAGAACUCUUCAUGGGACAAGCUUGCUGAGGCUGCCUUGCAGACUGGGAACCAUCAGAUCGUAGAGAUGUGUUACCAACGCACGAAGAACUUCGACAAAUUGUCCUUCCUGUACCUCAUCACCGGCAACUUGGACAAACUUCGAAAGAUGAUGAAAAUAGCAGAGAUUCGUAAAGAUACCUCCGCGCAGUUCCAAGGAGCUCUGUUACUGGGUGAUGCUGCGGAAAGAGUCAGGCUGCUUAAAGGAGCGGGACAGCUGUCUCUAGCCUACCUGACAGCAGCUAAUCACAAGCUGGACGAGGAGGCGGAAGCCCUGAAGGCCCAGCUCGAGGCCGCGGGUGCUCCGGUGCCGGAAGUGAAGCUACAGAGCAAGGUGCUGCGCCCCCCGCUUCCGGUGCACAAUUCGCAGCCCAACUGGCCUCUACUCGCAGUCUCCAAGUCCCUGUUUGAAGUGGCAAGCGCGGCUCGCGCCAGCGGUUUGGACACAGGCGUGGGUGCUGGUGGUGAUGAACCCUUGGAGGCUGGUGGCGCUUGGAAUGAUGAUGAAGAUGUACUUCAAGAAAACAAGGAGGCUGGUGAUGUCGAGGAGCCAAUGGAAGAUGCUUGUGAUGAUGGCGGCUGGGAUGUCGGUGACGAAGACCUGGACCUGCCCGAGGAGCUGGCACCUGUUUCUGCGGAUAUCGACGGCGGCGAUGACACGCCAGCCUACUUCGUGGCCCCAACCCGCGGCUCGAGCGUGGCGCUCUCCGCCAAACUCAAGACCGCACACGACCACGUCGCUACCGGACAGUUCGAGAUCGCUUUCAGGCUUCUAAACGAGCAAGUGGGCGUGGUGAACUUCGAGCCGUACCUAGAAACGUUCCUAGCGAUGUACAGCAGCGCGCGACUUACGUUCGGAGCGCUCCCGUCUACGCCGCCGCUCGUCGCCAACCUGCACAGAAACUGGCAGGAAGCUAGUGGCAAGGAUUUACUGCCUAUAGUCACCGCAAAACUCAACGACCUGGUAACCCAGCUCCAACAAUGCUACCAACUUACAACCGCCGGCAAGUUCACCGAGGCCACAGAGAAGUUACAACGCGUCGUGCAACGCGUGCCGCUGUUACACGUGGAGGGGAAAACGGAGCUGGCCGAGGCGCAACAACUACUCGCUAUUUGCAGGGAAUAUCUGUUGGGGCUGCAGAUGGAGACUGCUAGAAAAGCAAUGCCCAAAAACACCCUCGAAGAGCAGAAGCGGACCUGCGAGAUGGCCGCCUACUUCACGCACUGCAAACUCCAGCCUGUUCACCAGAUCCUGACCUUGAGAACUGCCCUGAACAUGUUCUUCAAGCUCAAGAACUACAGAACUGCGGCCUCCUUCGCCAGGAGACUGCUGGAACUUGGACCUAGGCCCGAAGUCGCUCAACAGGCAAGAAAAAUCCUCCAAGCCUGCGAAAAGACACCAACCGACGAACACCAGCUACUAUACGACGAGCAUAACCCCUUCACUAUCUGUGGCAUAAGUUACAAGCCGAUAUACCGCGGCAAGCCGGAAGAAAAAUGUUCCCUCUGUGGCGCGUCUUACUUCCCUGAGCAUAAAGGCAAACUCUGCCCCGUCUGUGGAGUCGCAGAGAUAGGCAAAGAUGUGCUCGGACUUAGAAUCUGCCCCCUUCAGUUUACUAGAUAAUGUGUACUCCUUUUUGCAAGAUAUUACUGUAAGAUUAUAGAAUAAAAGUAUUAUUAUAUUGAAGUGUUUUUAUUAAAGUAAUAUAACAGU